CGAUGGAUGUGUUUCCCGGGACCGCCAGCUUGCAAGGGGUUGCGGUAAGGCGGCAAGUUCUAGGAAAACCCGCUAGGAAGGCCGCUGUAAGCUCUGACUCUACUUCCUGCUGCCAGCGUCCACCUCAGCGGAACGAAACGGAAGCGCAAGACAGAGCGAAACACUGACUGGCCAGAUGAAAGCAAAGCGUACUACAUUAUGCGAAGGGUACAGCGGGCAACAAACUUGCAGAAAGCAGAAAAAAAAGGUUCCCCAUGCACACGCACAUUCACCGGAAAUGGUUGACGGCAAGCGCGCGAGGGUAGGGAAAGGAAGCAAAGUGGCAAUGCACGCGGAGCAUCUUUGUGUGAUGAGUAGCUAUUUUUUUUGUUUUUGCUUCACUUUUGCAUUUUAGUUUUCCAUUUUACACCAUCGCUCCCCCCUCCAACAGUAUCCUUGAUGGACACACACACACACACACACAGCCACUUGCUAUUUCACCUACACAACAGUCCAUCUCCUUUUACAGGGUGUGUGUGCACACACACACACGCCCACCCAGAGACAAACACACUUACAUGUCCGUUCGCCCUCAUGUUUGACUUAUUCUUUAUGCUGCAUGGUUUGUCUUUUUUUUCUCUUCUUUUCUUUUCUUUUCCUCCAUAAAGUGCGUCCUGAGAAAAGAAACGCUCCCCACUCCAGCGCUCCCUGCGGCCACGGGCAUUAUCGGUCACUCACCGAUGGAAUCGUGCGCUCCACCCUUCCACCGGGCCCUGCACACCGUACGCGUUAAAGCAAAUGAAAACCCUUCCAAAGGGGCAAGAAGCACACAAACAUAAAAGAAGAAGAAGAAGAAGAAGAAGAAGCAAAAAACGGCAACCGGGAGAAGCAGGCAGUACGGCAGUAUAAUAUUGCGAUCGGAUCGCUUUGUUUCGCCCUGCCUACACACACAAGUGGAUUAUCACCGCAGAACUCUCGAAACACGAUCAUUCACCGCAAUCGUCCGCGCCCUGUUACCCGAUCGUUCCUGCGUGCUCCCUUAGUUCAAUCCCAUCGUUUCGUUCCCUUCUGCUCUCUCUCUCUCUCUCUCUCUCUAACGCUCUCUCGCUCUAACUCACUCUUUCUCCCUUGCGCUCACAGUUGCACAGCGCCGCGGCACUCACGCAAGGAAAAAUAGGGUUCAUCCGAGCAAAGGUUCAUUCGCAGCUACCCUUCGCCCGUGUUGUAAAAACGGACCCCGUGUGCCGUCGCGCUCACUCGCACGCUCCGUCUCGCUCGCGCCACCGCACCCUGCGCACGGGAUGCUGCAAGGGGAAGUAAAAAGCCGCGCGGACCAGGGGACACUCACAAGCCCGAACGCACAUCGAAACGGCAAGCGCAGGCAGCAGCAGCAGCGCCGGAACGCGUUGCAUACGAUUGUUAGUCUAGCAGAAGAGUUCGUAGUGUAAACAUGUGCCAGCCGGCGUCGACGCUUCCCGACGACGACUGAGAAUAUCCUACCCUCCCUCCCGCCCAGCAACAACAACAACAAAAGAAAAAGACGAACGACGACAACGAAAAACGGUGACGACGAGUGAGCUCGCGAGGUGAUAUGGCAAGUGCGUCCUUGUAGCGGAAGCAAAAAGGCGAGUUUGUGUGUUUGUGCGUGCGUGCGUGCGUGUGUUGUGUGAUAGAACAAUUGGGCAAAUUUCACGUGUUUGCCCCGCGCUCUCUCCCCCCCCCCCCUCCCCCUUCUUUCCCGCAUCUAUGUGCGCCGUGCGGUGUUGGUGUGUAACGCGUGCUGGUGGCGCGGUGCAACGGGUGCAGGGGUCGCCGGUCAAAGCGGGUUAAACGCGCGAUUGCCCCCCAUUUCACGGCCAACCUGCCCGUCCCCUGCGGGAUGUGUGGUGGCCGGCAGCCGAGGGCGAGUGUGGUGCGCGGCGUACGCACACCUUCCUUCCCUCCACUGGUGGCCACGGGCCGCAGCAGCACACCGACGAACCGACUCUUCUUCUAUCAACGGGCCGGGUGAGUGAGCUACAAUCAAACAGAGAGAGAAAGAGAGAGAGAGAGAGCGCGCGAGAGAGAGAAAACAAACACCAAAAAGAAAACGAGGCCCAACCCAUCAAAAAAAAAAGAAGAAGAAGCAUAAAAAACAGCCACCAAUUGUGCAGUUCUGUGUGCAGCGAAAAGGAAGUGUUAGUGUGCGGAAGCAAAAGAAAAGAAGAAAAGAAAAAAGUGCACAACAGUGUGUGUGUGUGUGGGUGCAUCAAUCAGGCGGGCAAGGAGCGUCGGCCCGAGCGAGAAUCGAGCAUAACAUCUGCAACAGCAAAAGAAGAAGAAAAAAAACCCGCCCAGUUCCCUUCAAAUCCCAAUCAAUGGUGUCCUGCAGCGUUGCUGUGUCGACGUACUACAACGCGGAAGGAAGUAUCAUGCCAUCUUCGACCAAGUUUUCCCUGCAAUUUCCUUCCUUGCCAUCCGGACUACCGAAGGACAGUGAAAACGAUGCACUAGCGGACAGCGAUUGCUGCGUUCAGUGCCCUCAGUGCCACCAGACGGUUCAGGGAAUCGAGGCACUGAAAGAACACAUUCAGCUUAAUCACAGCGGCUGCCCGAACGGCCGGAGGGCAAAGUUCCCGACCGACACUAGCGCACCGGACGACGACGACGAGGACGACGUAGAGGACGAGGACGACGAGCGCAUGGCGGAGGAGGACGAACAUCACGUCGAUCCGGAGGCCGUGUCGCCCCUGCCAGCCCCGCUCGAUUCGCUCGCGGCCAGCGCGGUGGCGGGCGCUCGGGCCACCGGCGAUCUGGUCGGCAGCCGGCUCCAGGCCAAGUGUGGCAGCCUGCUGCAGCUCCAGCAGCAGAAACACCAGCUGGCCCAGCUGGUCGACGAUCGGGAGGACGAGGAGGAGGAGCUAGAGGUGGCCCAGGGAGGCAGCUCGCCGCGGGAUCUGCUGAUGGCGGGGCUGGCCCCGCAAACCGUACCGGCGGCCGACCGGUCGUACGGGCCGCGAUCGAUGGUGAUCAGCCCGGCGCAGGACGGCAGCAGCAACUCGAGCAGCGGGCCGAGCCUGCCGACCGGUGGCACCACCGCGAAGGAGGGCGGUGCCGAGCUGGCCGUGUACGAGUGUGCCCAGUGUCCGACCACGUUCGCCAGUCGGGAUCAGCUGGAGCGGCACGAGAUGCAUCACGCACCGUCGGCCGAUGCGAGCUGCAAGGUGUGCAACAAACCGUUCGCCAACGUGUACAGACUGCAGCGCCACAUGAUCUCCCACGACGAAUCGUCGCAGCGGCGGAAAUUCAAAUGCAACGAAUGUGAUAAAGCGUUCAAAUUCAAGCACCAUCUGAAGGAGCAUAAGCGCAUCCACUCCGGCGAGAAGCCGUUCGUCUGCCCGAACUGCGGCAAGCGCUUCUCGCACUCCGGUUCCUACUCGAGCCACAUGACCUCGAAAAAGUGCAUCAAUAUGGGCAUCAGGCUCAACCACAACAACAACAACAACAACAACAACAGUAGCAGCCACAACAACAAUAACAACAACAGCACCAGCCACAAUAACAAUAGCUCCAACAACAGCGGUAGCGGCAGUGACAGUAACCACCGAUCGCCCCAGUACCCGUUCCACGGUGGCAACGGGUUCACCGGCAUCCCGAACGGGCAUCCCGGUGCGAUAGGCGCUGGUGGGCUUGGCCGUUCGCCGAUCGGUCUGCGACCGCAGGCGGCCCUCCAUCGCGAUCUGGACAUUGCCGGACGACUCCGCCUAGUGACGUCACCGUCGCCCACCUCCUCCUGUUCCUCCGCGACCAAGCACGAGCUGGACGCGAUCGGUCCGCAGCCAGGCGGUGUGGACCCGCUGCUGCUCACCAAGAUACAGCAGGCGUCCUGGCUCGCCGUCGCCAUGCACAACAUGCAGGCCAUGUGGGAUCCGAACGUGCUGCGCCUGUUUGACCAAUUCCAGCAGCAGCCACAGUCGACGUCGUCGUCUACUGACAGUGAAACGCACGAGCCUAUGGAGGAUGGCCUGCACCAGCAGCAGCACCAGCAGCAGCACCAGCAGGGACCGCCACAGCCACCACCACCGCCGCCAGCCACAACCUCGCUGCUUGGCGACGAGGAUGAGCAGCGGCCGGAAUCGGCCCGGCGGCCUGCUUCGUCGAUCGAUGUCGUCACGAUGCCGGAAGGUGUCGCCCAACAGAACCCGUCCGAACGCAUGGAAAUCGACGAAGAGGAGGAGGAGCACGAGGAGGACGAAAGCUGCGCGGAGGAGAAGGUUGAGGUCGUGAUGGGCUCGAGCACAGCCGGUAGUCGGCAGUCUCCGGCCGCCUUUCACGAGGAUGCACUCCAGAAAAUCACCGACAAUGGCUCCGCUGUAGAGGAGCAGAAUGGGGAGGAGUCGUCGCACCAACCACAAAAGAGCGAAUAUCCCGAGGAGCAGCAAUCUGCUGAGAGCAAGCUGAUUUUGCCACUGCUUCCCAAGCAGGAACCACUAGACGAACCAGCGAUGGAGUCUACCAACUCGAUGGAGUCGCAGCAGCACCAGCAGCAGCAACAGCAGCAGCAACAGCAGACACAAGAACAGCUGACGUCAUCUGUCAGCCAUGACACGCUGUCCGUCGUGAAAGAUGAACCGUCCGAGGAGACUGCCAUCGACCCAUCGCUGGAGCUGUCCGACGAGCCCAAACUGAACGAGCGGGACAUGGAACGGGCGCACUACUCGUCGCCCUCGGCCGCAUCCUCCCUCUCGCCCUCGGUGUCCAGUGCCCUGCUGCACUGCAUCUACUGCAGCGAGGAGUUUGCGACCGAGCCGGAGAUGCUGCAGCACGCGCGGAUGUUCUGCAAGCGCUCCCUGUUACUCAACCCGUUCAUGAGCGCGUCGGGUGCGCUGGCACAAACGGGCAACGGUGUGCCACCGGGUACGAUCGCCGGAGGCGGCGGCAUCAGCAGCAGUAGCAGUGGCAACAGCAGCAACAGCAGCUGCAGCGACGACGACACCGACUACGAUACGGUCGCACUCAAGGGCGACUGCGGCGGUGCGUACGGACUGCACGGUGGCAUGGCCGGCGGUGCACUCGGUGUCGGAGGACCGCACGGUGGACCGGGUGGCAGUGGCAAGGUGCGCGUCCGCACCUCCAUCUCAGAAGAGCAGCAGAACGAGCUGAAAAAGUACUACGCCCGCAACAGCAAGCCGAGCCGGGACGAGUUCCAGGCGAUCGCCCAGCACGUCAAGAUGGAGGCGCGCGUUGUGCAGGUGUGGUUCCAGAACAACCGAUCCCGGGAGCGCAAGAUGGGCGUAACCGGUGGCAGUGGUGGUGUCGGUGUCGGUCGCCAGUAUGCAGCUGGUGGUGGUCAGGCCGGCGGCCAGACGGUCGCCCCGGCAGGGACGCCGAACUCGCCGCUGCACGCCGACCGCGCACCGUCGGUCGUAACCGGGCAGGACGCAACCGGCGACCAGCCGCUCGACCUAUCCGUCAAGAAGGGGCUGCUCACGGUCGGUGAGGCGCUACUGAGUGCCGCCACCAACUCGCAGGCCGCCGCCACGGCGCUAGCCGCCGGCUCGCUUCCGGCCGUGCUGCUCCAGGCCGACACCAUGUCCGCGCUGAACGAAGCGAUCAACCUCAGCAUCAAGGCGUCCUGUUCACCGACCGCCUACUUCUACCACGACAUACACCCGAUCCACGGCGUUACGGCCGGACCGCAGGCGCACGCCAUGCUUGGCCUCGGGACCGGGCUGCCGCGGGACACACCCUCGCCCCAGGACGGCCGGGGUCAGCACACGGCAGCGCCGUCGCUGCCGUCCCAGCCGUCGCCGCACGCGUACGGCAAGUAUCCGCCGAUGCACGGGCUCCAUCCGCCGCACCAUCCCGCCAGCCUGGCCGGCAUGGACCAGCUGUUCCGGAAGUUCUCGCCGAAGCUAUCAGCCGCGGUGUCGACCGCGGCCACCACCGGUACCAUGGUUGGCCGGGCCAGCCUUAGCCCGGGCGCGCUCGACAUGAUGCCGGACGAGACCGGCGCGAGCUACUACGGCGCCUUCCCGGACAAGAAGCACCUGCUGCAGUCGAUGCUGAACGUGCCCAAGCGGAUGGGCGCCGGGUACGGGCUCGGUGGAGGUGCUGGCAAUGGGGCAGCGACCGGUGCCGGCGGCAAGGAUGCCGGUUCGCUGGCCCACCCUGCCCCGGAUGCCGAGGGACAGUACGUCUGUGAUCAGUGCGACAAGACGUUCAGCAAGCAUAGCUCCCUGCAGCGACACAAGUACGAACACUCAGGUCAACGUCCUUACAAGUGCAUGGAAUGUCCGAAGGCGUUCAAGCACAAGCACCAUCUGACCGAGCACAAGCGGCUGCACAGUGGGGAGAAGCCGUUCCAGUGCUGCAAGUGUCUGAAGCGCUUCUCGCACUCCGGCUCCUACAGCCAGCACAUGAACCAUCGCUACUCCUACUGCAAGCCCUACAGGGAGGGCAAAUAAGGCAACGG